CCCGACGCCCGGACUGCGUCCAGAAGCGAGCCCCCGUCCGGCCGAGCGCGACGUCAGUGUCCGGGGACCCGGCGGGGGGUCGCGUGCACCGGGAGGCCACGAAGACAACGUCACGCUGUUCGCAAAUUACGGGCACGUUCGAUGCAUUUCAACGUGCGCGCGGAUGCCAAAGCAGAGGCGCACACGCGUAUCGGGGCGGAUGCGCGUCUGCUUGAGCAUCGCGGCGAUGUCACACGAGAUAAGGUCCCCGUCGCCCGGGGGAAGCUGCACGUCUUACCGCGUCGCUCCAAGCCCCUGCUGAUCCGGCUCUUUCCGUCACGGAUGCGAUCGCGCUUCCCCGAUGACGACAUCGGACAUGUGCAAAAGAGGGUCAGGACGGGAGGCCGGUCUCCUCCAUCCCCAGAGGCCCCUCCUGUGGCGUUUGAGGACAGAUACCUGGAGAAGCACAUCACACCAGUCACUCUGAAGGCUAACAUUAAAAGGAACCCUCUGUUUAUGGACACCAGAGCAACGGAAGACCACAGGAAGACCAAGCCCUCCUGGACGGUCAGGGAGUACGACACGCAGUCCAUCUACGGGAACCUCGCUGAUUAUUUAAAGAAAGAGGAAAGUACUCCGAGAGAUCUGGACUUUUGGCUGGAGGAUCUCUACACACCAGGAUUUGACUCCUUGCUGAAGAAGAAAGAAGCGGAGCACAAGAGAAGAAAACUUUGCAAAAUUGCUUCUCUAGUUAUUUUGUCCGUUUGUGCCAUCCUCAUUGUAAUCAUAGUGCCACUUGUGGUUCUACAAAAGCGAAACUGACCGAUGAGGACAUUGGCGGUAUAGAGGGUGGUUAGUUUUAGUGUAAGGAAGACUCACACAUGCUCAGUGCAUGUAAAUGUUUGUUUAGUACAGAUGUUGAAGGCCAGGCCUGCGGUUGAUAAAGACAUCAUUAAUUCUGCUCUCUUUUUAUAUAUUUUUGCAUAAAUGGCGGCGGAAUGAUGUGUUGAAAUGACUCUGCUGAGUCUCCUCUCCGAGGUGACUUCCUGCUUGAGCACCAGUUAUGAUUAGUUGAAGGGAGUAAAGAUGGAUUGAUACUUUAUUGAUCCCUCAAGAGGGAAAUUGUUUUAUCACAGCAGCAUGUACAGGGAAGGAAAUAGAAUUAAA